AAUACUGGGUAGCUGUCAUGCGCAUCAAUUAAUCAACAGAUGCAUACUGUGUUGUGCAGGCAGUCAGGUCAUAUAGCUCGGUUGUUGUUAAAUAAAUUAACAAAAAAAACGAAAUAAUUAGAGUUAAUUGAGUCAGCGUUUGCAUGACUUUGAACAAAUAGAUCGAAAAAAAAUAGUUCAGUUCGACGGUGUGUGUGGUGGAGGUGUGACUCAUAAAGACCUUGGUCACUGUAUCACACUGUAUUAGAAGUGUUUUUUUUUUGUUUCAUUUCACAACAAACGGGGCUCGUGAUUGCACAAAGUAUCUUUUUUUUGUUCGCUUCGAGUUGAUAAACAAAAGUCCAAAACAAACGACGAUAUAAAAAAAUGGGAAACAAAGUGGUAAAGCAGCAUUUUGAAACGGCACAAAAAACGGGCGUACUGAAGAUAUCCCAACAACGUAUGACGGAAUUUCCACCACAUAUGAGAAAUUUUCCAAAUGUGCUGAGAACAUUGGAUUUAUCUGAGAAUCGUUUCAUCACCUUGCCCGACGACAUCGGUCGAUUUACACUGCUCAAGCACUUGAACCUCAGUGAAAAUCGUCUCACCGAACUACCCGCUGCCAUCGGCCAAUUAAUUAAACUCGAAACAUUCAACGCAAUGAGCAACAUGCUAGUGAGCAUUCCACGUGAAAUGGUCAAUUUGAAAAAUUUGAAGCAAGUGCAUCUUAAUAACAACCAACUCACACAAUUCCCAACGAUGUUUGGUGGCAUGAAAAAUUUGGAUGUUUUAGAUUUGUCACGCAACAAAAUCGCUGCAAUACCGUCGGAAGUGAAAAAUCUAUAUGUGACCGAAUUGAACUGUAAUCAAAACCAAAUUGCAUCGUUGGCCAUUGAAAUCGCCGAGUGUCCACGAAUGAAAACGCUACGACUUGAGGAAAAUUGUUUGCCUAUCACCGAAAUACAUACGGAAAUUCUGAAAGAUUCACAAAUUUCCAAUCUAUAUUUGGACGGUAAUCUAUUUCCGACGAAACAAUUCAACGAUUUACCUGGAUACGACGAUUACAUGGAACGAUUCACAGCUGUGCGGAAGAAAAUGUUCUAAAUUGAGAUUGAGCACUGUGUUUUAUUUCACCGAUGAAGAUGAGAGAAAAAAAAAACAAAUUUUUCAAAUGAACAAAUAAAAACGAGUUUACUGAAUUAUUUUUCACUGUCAAGCACCAACUCACGACCGUUCAUAUGUGUAAUUCUUCUAAUACGUUCUAAUAUUUUAAAUUAUUUAAAAUCCAAAAGUCAAUAAUAAAGAUGCUUUAUCUAUAUAUGUGAGAAAUUGUUGUGUAUUAAAUCAA